UUCUUGCAACAUAUACAUAUUCACAUUAUUUGUCUACUUAUACGACGUAAUUUGUAAGAAGAGAUCAUGGGGCUUGAUGGUAAGCUGGUUAGCCAAAUAAGCAUCAAGGCCGACGGAGGUCUCUUCUUUCAUCUGUUUAAAUACAAACUUCACCAUACCAUGAACAUCUGCCCCCAAAAGAUUCAAACUCUUAAUUUGGUUGAUGGGCAGUGGGGAACUGUUGGUUCUGUCAUCACCUCCAACUUCACCGCAGAUGGGGAGAAGUUUGUUGCCAAGGUGGUGAUUGAGGCCGUGGACGAGGAAAAAAGAUCGAUUACGUACAAAGUGAUUGAAGGAGAUUUGAUGGUGGCGUACAACACAUUCAAAGUUACUUUUUGUGUAGACAGCAAAGGGGAAUUAGACAACGUGGUGACAUGGACCAUAGAGUACGAGAAGAAGAAUGAGUCUGUGCCCGAACCCUCGAAGUUCCUGGAUUUCUGCUCCAAUGCCACCCAAGAAAUUGAGCGCCACUACAUGCUCCUCCCCAAUUAAACAUAUAUAUAUAUAUACUUUGAUGCAAUUUCCAUCUCCACCUAAUUAUAUAUGUCAUCGCCAUAUAUGUAUUCACUCCAGCUGGGAUAUAAAUUACUGUACUAUGUGAUUAAUGAAUAAUUUCCCACCUUAUUUUCUUUGUUGUAAGUGUGAUCGAUCAUGUCGCAAUUAUGUGCGGACGAGUUGGAUUAUCGAGAAAAGUGGGUGUAAGACCACAAAUGUAUACAUGUAUUAAUUAAAAUGAUUGUUGGUGUACUUGUUGA